AUAUUCUGAAGAGAGUAUUUAUAUCUCAGCAGUUCUUCCAUCUUCAUCAUCUUUAGAACUGUCUUAGAAGUGGAUUUUGCUUUAUCAACAUAUCUGCAACAGUGAAUAAUUAUGGACAACACAGAUACAUAUUUAUUGAACUUUAAAGGCUAUCAUUUUGAACGCUCCAUGGUUGAUGUUAACCUAUUCGAAAACCUAGAUGAUUUUGAAAUUAGAGAUGAUGAUGUCUUCAUUAUUACGUAUCCCAAAUCUGGUACCAUCUGGACUCAGCAAAUAUUGAGCUUGAUUUAUUUUGAGGAUCAUCGUUACAGAACUAAACAUGUGGAUACAAUUGACAGAGCCCCCUUCCUGGAAUACAAUCUGCGCAAUGUGGACUUUCUCAGCAGGCCGUCCCCUCGCAUCUUCACUACGCAUAUGCCUUAUUAUCUAGUACCAAAAGGCCUCAAGAAGACAAAGGCUAAAAUCAUUUACAUCUACAGAAACCCCAAAGAUGUUUUGACUUCAUUUUACCAUUUCUCAAAUUUUAUAGUUACACUGGAAUCAUCGGGAGACACAGAAAGUUUCAUGACAAGAUUUCUAGAUGGUAAAGUGGUAGGGAGUGUUUGGUUUGAUCACAUCAGAGGCUGGUAUGAGCACAGACAUGACUUCAAUAUUCUAUUUAUGAUGUACGAGGAGAUGAAGAAGGAUCUCAGAAGUUCUGUAUGUAAAAUCAGUAGUUUUUUUGAGAAAGAACUGAGUGAAGAGGACAUAGACGCUAUUGUGAAGCAGGCUACAUUUAAGAACAUGAAAUCUGAUCCACAAGCAAACUAUAAUCAUGUAGUGAAAAAUGAAGUUGGAACAAAAAACAGUGAUGGCUGCUUCCUGCGCAAAGGUACCAUUGGAGACUGGAAACAUCUUCUGACUGUGGACCAAAGCGAAAGAUUUGACAAGAUAUUCCAAAGGAAGAUGAAAGAUAUACCCUUGAAAUUCAUUUGGGAUAUAAAUGAGGAAUAAGACAGUG